AUGGAAAGAGAUGAUGAUCCAUGUAAAUUAUUUGUUGGAGGUUUAACACGAUCAACAACAACUGAAAUACUUCAUCAAUAUUUUCAAAAAUUUGGUGAAUUAACCGAUUGUAUUGUAAUAAAAAAUCCAACAACAAAACUUUCUCGUUGUUUUGGUUUUGUACAAUUUACAACACCACAAAUAGCUGAUCAUGUUGUUGAAUCACGUCCUCAUAUUAUUGAUGGCAAAGAAAUAGAUGUUAAACAUGCAUCAGCUGAAAGUCAUGAAAGACAUCAACUACAACUUGCAGCAGCAGCAGCAGCUUCAGCAGCCGCCGCCGUAGCAGCAGCAACAAUGACACAUGAACGAAAUCGUGAAUUAUCACCAGAUAGACAAAAAAAACGUUCAAGAUGGGAAAUGCAACAAUCAGAUGAUUCAUAUCGAAAUUUAAUAUUACCACAUGAUAUGAUUACAUUAAAGUCAAAUACUCAUAUAGCUUUUAUUCAACGUGAUAUGAUAACGUAUCCAAUACCUUUAAAAUAUUUACGAGAAGAUAAUCAUUCACUAUCGUCAAAUAACAAUUCGUAUUAUUCACAACAAUCUCGUCAUCAACAUAAUAAUAAUUUUAAUAAUAGAAUGUAUCAAACUUAA